AUGCGGUACCAAGUGGGAAGAGCUUGCGCGGCAGCAGGCUAUGACAUUCUUUAUUUCGAGCUGGACCUGCUACCAGAUGUAUCCAUAGCCAAAGAGGCGCGCGAUGCCUGUGACAUGAAACCGCCAGACACAAAUGUUGCCGGAGCCAACGCGAUCUUCCGUUCGAUUAUUACUCAGCCUGUAAGGUACGCGGUCAUGCAUGACUACUUGCAAACCAUUAACUUGGAAAACCCGCGUUCUGGGGCUUAUUUUAUUGUUAAUACAGCAGUGAAGUCUGGGCUUUUCAAGGAUUUGCGAAUACUUACGCCGCCGAAUUGGACUGACGGGGUGGGGUUUAACAUCACAGGGGAGGAUUUUUGUUUUAACCUCGACUUUGCGAGGCUGCCGACGGAAUUUGCAAGUCUUAUUUAUGAAACUCUUCCGCCGGAUCUGCCUGCCACAAGAAAGAAUCCGCUGAUCAUCGCGGCGGCGUGGGAGGGGAACUUUGACCGAUGUGAAAAGCUUAGACGGCCGACGCACGUGCAUAUGGGGGAGUGUAUCGCAGUAGUGAGAGGAAUCCAUCAAAGAACAACCUUUGCAAAGUGGCGGUCAUUGCAUGACGAUAUCUGCGAGAGCAUAGAGAAAACUUACAGCAGAAAGAUUGACCAAGCUAUCACGGCGCGGUUCAUUAUGGACAACGACCUCUCUCGUAUACCCCCCAACAGAGAAGACCAAGAAGAUGUGCCCGAAGUGAUCUGGCACCCUCAAGUUCCCCAAGAAAAGGCUAUUCGGGAACUCGUUCUCCGACGCCCCGAUGCAAAAUACCAGGUUGUCAUGGCCGCCAUCACAGGGCAGUACCAGUCUACAGUUCCGGAGCUUAUGCCCCACGUAUCUCGGGACAUACUAGCUUACCGAGCAUUUACUCACGGUUUCGGCCUUACAUUACCCGAUGAAGGCGGUGCAAGAAAGGGGCAUAUCCAACUAAACUGGGAGUUAGAGCCGAGUCUCGCACAUAUUCCCGAAGAACUGGAUGCCAACUUUGACAUUGAUUACUACAGCCCUCAGCUCGGCUACAAGUGGGUACUUUCUCAUGCAGUCGGAAAGUAG